AUGCCCGGCAGCGCUCCACCUCCCGAUGAGUCGGGCGUCUAUUCGGGGCAAAAUCUGGUGCUGAUCCUGAGCAUCGUAACCUUACUGAGCCUGGCCAUCUACAACUCGAUCGAACUGGUGCUGCUCAUCCUCUGCACCUUCCGUCACUAUCGAGGCCUCUACUUCUGGAGCUUGCUGCUGAGCGGCUUGCUCGGCGUGGUGCCCCAAGCCGUCAGCUUCAUCCUCAAGGACCUCAACCUCGCACCCUUAACGUUCUCUCUCAGCUUGUCAACCGUGGGAUGGUAUUUCAUGGUCACGGGCCAAGCUGUCGUCCUCUACUCGCGCCUGGGUCUUCUCGUCAACGAUCCCCGAGUCCUCCGCCGGGUGCUCAUCAUGAUCAUCACCAACGCAAUCAUCCUUCACGUCCCCACCACCAUCCUCACCUAUGGCUCCAAUUUCUCCAAAUCCAACACCGCCGUCUGGAGCAAAGCCUACGGGAUCAUGGAGCGCAUCGAACUCGUCGGAUUCUCCGUCCAGGAAAUGAUCAUCUCCUACCUCUACGUGGUGCAAGUCAUCCGCAACCUCCGUCUCGUCCCCCUCAAUUCGCGCAUCCACCGAGUCCACCGCAAAACCCUCCAUUACGUCCUCGCCAUCAAUGUCUUCCUCAUCCUCCUCGACGUCGUUCUUCUCAUCAUGGAAUUCACCAAUCGCUACACGAUCCAGACCGCGCUCAAGUCCCUGGUGUACAGCAUCAAGCUGAAACUCGAAUUCGCCGUCCUGAAUCGACUGAUCUGCCUCGUUCGCCCGGAUCAAAUGGGAUCGGACGAUUACUGGCAACCCACCCCGAACCCGGGCCCGCGCACACCGAAUACCCUCGGCCAUGAGCUGACCGACUUUGGAGGAUUCUCGCGGGUAGAAUCGUGCGACACCGCGGCGCUACAAAGGCCCACGACACAUGUUGUCAAGAUCAAACAAGUGUUUAAAUCAUGA